AUGAUAUUGACCUGCUGCUUUGAUGCAACCCUCUCUUGUACCAUUGGUUUGAUUGCAGAAUGCUUAAAUGCUUUGUUUGUAUCUAUGCAGGUCAAGGCUCUUUAUGUGAAGAACAUACCUGAAAAUACAUCUCCUGAACAACUGAAGGAACUAUUCCAGCGUCAUGGGGAAGUCACAAAAGUUGUUAUGCCGCCAGCCAAAAGUGGUGGCAAACGGGACUUUGGAUUCGUUCAUUUUGCAGAAAGGUCUAUGGCAUUGAGAGCUGUCAAAGAUACAGAGAAAUAUGAAAUUGAUGGUCAGUUGUUGGAAGUAGUUCUUGCUAAGCCUCAGGCUGAUAGGAAGGUUGACGUGGCCAGUUCCCACAAUUCUGGGCCCCAUCCAAAUUAUAUUCCUCACCCUGGGUAUGGUGCUUUUCCUGGAAAUCCUUAUGGCCCUGCAGGGCCUAGAUAUGGUGUUGCUGGUGCAUUUCAGCAGCCUGUGAUAUAUGGGAGGGGACCAAUGCCCACAGGGAUGCAAAUGGUUCCGAUGGUUCUACCAGAUGGUCAAAUUGGCUAUGUUCUUCAGCAGCCUGGGGUCCAGAUACCACCUGCGCAUCCUCGGAGAAAUGAUCGAAGCAAGGGCACUGGUGGACCACAAGUGCGACGAGGGACUAGUAGUGGCAGUGAUGAAGCCAGCCGUAGCAGACGGUAUCAACCCUACUAG